AUGUUAUACACAACAUGCACCAGGUGCAUAACGACAAAACAUGCCACAGUCCUAAAACCAGCACACAAUCCGGAUGCGGAUGGAGACAAUCCCAUCCAUAUUGGCAAGCCUGGGAGUCAUGGGGAAAUCGAGCGAGUAUCCCUCAAAUCCCGAUAUACGUCCGAUAAAGGUACGACCAACAAGUUACCGCAUAAGAAACCCAGACUCGGAUGGGAUGGGAAAGGCAACAUCGGACGAGGACGGCUGCAGCGUGCAUCAAAUCUUGGUCGCGAGCUGAGGAAGGUGGGAGCAGAAUGGAACGAUUUGCUACCAGACUAG